AUGUCUGAACCCGUCGCCAACGAUGCCGCGCCGGGCAGCUUCGACCUGGAGCAGGCCAGGACUGCCUUGACGUCGUCCUCAACCACGGUCCGAAUCGCCCAGCUGCGCGCAAUUGACGAGAAGAUAUCGCAUAACUCCCUUGACCGGCCAGCCCUUCUUGGCCUGCUGAAGGUCCUCUUUUGGACCCAUACCUUCUACGCCGACCGUCCGUCUCGCCGGGCUGUUCAGAAAUGCCUGACAUCGAUCACAAAGUGCUCUGAAGCCGAGUCCUUCGUGCCCCCACUCGUUGCAGCCAUCCGCCAAGAGGCUCAGAAGCAGGCUAUCGCCCAAGCCAACUCCUUUGCCCUAGUAGAAUGGUGCAGCUUGCUUAUCCAGAACCUCGCCGGUACUUCGUUGUGGGAAAAGUGUAGCAAAGACCUCGUGCUCGCGACCGCCGAUGCCCUGGAGAAGUCGUUGCAGCCGACAGCAAGGGGGUCAGUAGGCCAUUCAGCCCUGGUUAUUACCCGGAGAGGGUUCCGGAAGCUCGUUCAAGCCGAUCAAGCGGCCGUAAGCACGGCGAUCGGAGUUCUUGCCGCGAAGGAUGCCAAGCCGACGGCAAAGAACUCGGUGCUGCUUGGCGUUAUUGCUGGCGUCUGCGCUCGACAGCCGGAAGCUAAGGCUGUCGUGGAGGACCUUAAAGGCCAAUACUUCACUUUCUACGCUCGCGAGAUCAUUGGCUCUCGAACAGCGCUGCCGUCACACAUCGCUGAUGGCCUUCACGACUUCUUUGCCGCCUUUGUCUCCCUGGAGGACCUCGACAAGGAGGUCUUCCCGGCUAUCGAGAAGGGUUUGCUGCGUGCGCCAGAGGUUGUGCUGAAUGACCUCAUCACUCCUUUGGUCAAGGCACUUCCCAAACUCGACCUGUCCAAGGCUCUGAACAGCCGCUUUGUUAAACCCCUGCUCUCCAACAUCAAGUCUUCCAACGCUGUUAUUCGCAGUGGAGCCGUCAGGGCUUUUCGGGAGAUUGCUACUGUAUGCCGGGAUUUUGCGGAUCUGGAGAAGACUGCAGAUGAAGUGCUUGGCCCUCUGAAGACCAACAAGUUGGCUUCUGCGGAUCACAGGGUGUUGCAUUCUGAGAUGCUAAGCGGACUGCCGCUGUCGGCAUCUAUUGCUACUAAGAUUGCCACAGGCCUUCCUGCUGUCACAAGUAAAGAGGCUAACGAGGCAGCUUUGAGUGCCGAGACCCUCGCGCUGAACGCCAGUGCUCUGUUCCUCCUCCGGACUCCGGAGGUGCCUAAGGCGCUUCUUGAUGCGUAUGUAAAGGGCUUGGGUGACAAGAAGGUAUCCUCUCGGCGGAUAUGGAUCCUCCGUACGGGUGAUCUGUUGCAAGCCUUUGCCCAGGAAGCUGAGCUUCCAGCUGGCUUUGUGGCCUUUGCCGAGGCUGUCGUGCCGUCACUUCUUACUAUCUUUAACGAGGUUGUGGCGAAUCCUACUGCCGCUGUCCAAAGUGGACUUGUUACUGGCGCCCUGGUGGUGGCUGGCCUUUCGGGCCUGCUCCAACGGCUCGAGAACGCGAACAUCCAGGCCCUGCUAAAGAAAGCGGCUGUCCAGAAGAACAGCCUUAUACUCGAUCCGAAGCCUUCUUUUGUGCUGAGCCAGCGUCUAUACAGCAAGUAUCCUGAAGAUGAUUUGAAGUGGUUCUGCCGCGCUUUGUCUGCCAUCGUGGAGGGUUUGCUCUCCAGUAGCGACGCGAUCAAGCUUGCUUGGACUCAGGCCUUUAUCUUCCUUAUCUGCUCUGCCACAACUCCUUCUGCUGUCCGCAGGCAAGCCAUUGAUGCCCUCUCUGAUCUUUCUGCACGUUCUCUUAAGCCUGGAUGCCAAUUUGUGGCUACGGAGAUUAUUAAGGGCCUGUGGCACUGGAUCGCAACCAGCGAAGCUGCCGAGAAGGAGAGCGCCGCAGUGCUGGCUAAGUCAGGCACGUCGAACCUUCACCUAGUGCUAAAAGCGAUCUGCCUUAGCCCGGCUGAGCUCAAUCGGAGAUCAGGCGGUGAUGUUGACAAGGCGCAGCUCCAGGCUCAGAUGUGCUCUCUCCUUGUGUUGGCAAAGCAGCAGCUCAUUCCACGCGCUAGCUGGAUUGAUCUCUGCUUGAAGGUUCAGGUUGACCCUGGCCAACUCGCAAAGGACCAUGAAGAUGCACUGAUCGAUGAAAUCGUCCGGUGCACCGGCCAUGAACAAAAGUCCGAAGCUACGAAGCAGGCAGCCUACAGUGCUGCUGCCGAGCUUGUCUUUGUCUCCCCUGAGAACAUGACCUCUCGGAUCGUUGCUCUUAUCCAAGACGACCUUGAUGCUGCUGUAGUGUCAACAGUUGGCCCACUCGAAGCGGCCAUCUUCCGCACUCCUGAGGGCACGACGUUUGUUGAUGUCCUGGCCAAGAGGCAGAAUGUGGUUCCGAACAAAAACGUCAAGGACUAUGAUUUGCUCAAGUGGGAAGAAGAACUCAGGCAACAGCUGGCUGAGAAGAAGGGCAUACAAAAGAAGCUUACGGCUGAGGAACAGGCAAAGGUCAGUGCACAGCUCAAGAAGGAGGCCGAGAUCCGUGAGAACGUUCGCAAGAUUGCUGCCAAACUUCUCCGCGGGUUUGGUGUCGUCAAGGCUCUUGCUACUGGGCCGCCGACGGAUGCUACCCGCUGGAUGGGUGCUGCCGUUUCUUCGACUUUGGCCGCCAUCAAUGCUGGCGCUACCCGCAUCACUGGUGAGACUGGGCCACUGGCUUUCGUUUCUCUGUCUGAGCAGAUCACCUCUCGCAUCGGAUCUUUCAUUCGUCCCUUCAUGGGUGUGGCUACUCUGCGCGCCUAUGAGGUGACGGCUCUUCCAGAGAACCUGACGGAGGAGCCGUUCGAGGAGCUCAUCACCCGUGUGCUGUACCGUUUGCGCUUCGUGGGCGAGCAACGUCCUCUCGACACUGUCAGCCUGAUCUACGUCCUUCCGCUUGUUCUCUACGUGCUCGAGAAAGGUGGCUUCGCCAAGGACGCUGAUGAGAAGGAUGCUCAGCUGGUUCUUGCCAUUGAGAUCCUGUCUUUUCAUACCGAUGUCGCUUUUGACGAGGCUCUUCCUCGCGCUGAGAUUCUGUCCAGCCUGAUCUCGUCUAUGCAGAAGUACAGCCAGCACUACAAGAUCCUCAAGGACUGCUUCUCGGACAUGGUCCGCUGUAUCGCCCCGAAUAUCAGCCCUGCCGAGAUUGGCGUCCUGGCUCGUGGCGCAAUUGUUCCACAGACGAGCGUCCGGACUGCCGUGCUGCAGGCUAUCAGCGCCGAUGUCGACAUGAGCGAUGUCAACGCUUCUGAGGAGAUCUGGCUCGCCUGCCACGACGAUAUUGAUGAGAACGCUGAGCUCGGCCGUGAAAUUUGGGAGGAGAGCGAGUGGAAGACCUCCGAGGAGCUGGGGCAUAAGAUGAUUCCUUACCUGGAGAGCAAGGAUGUUCAACUACGUCGUGCUGCUGCUAAGUCUCUUGCAGAGGUCGCUGGUCAGCAUCCUGAUGUGGUGGCACCUAUCCUUGAGAAGCUGCGCGAGUCUUACGUUGAGCUGGCCAAGCCGCGUGUGCAACAGCUGGAUGAGUUUGGUAUGCCCAAGAAGAUGGAUCUCUCCGAUCCUUGGGAGGCUCGCCAUGGUAUCGCUCUUGCCUUCAAGGGUCUUGCUCCUCACCUCGAGAAGCGCCAGCUCGAGCCCUACUUCAACUUCCUCAUCGAGCAGGGUCCUUUGGGUGACCAGAGUGCUGGUGUCCGUGCUGAGAUGCUCGAGGCUGCUAACAUGACCAUCGAGAUCCACGGCAAGGAGAUCCUUGACCGCCUGAUGAAGACAUUUGAGAAGGUCCUUGAAGCCCCUGACAAGAACUCGGAAGCAGCUGACCGUGUCAACGAGGCUGUCAUCAUCAUGUACGGUGCACUUGCUCGCCAUUUGAAGCCGGGUGAUAAGAAGAUCCCGGUUGUUAUCGAGCGGUUACUUGCCACUCUCAGCACACCUUCGGAAGCUGUGCAGUAUGCCAUUGCUGAGUGCCUGCCCCCUCUUGUCCGCACCUGUGCCGACAAGUCGUCCAAGUACUUCGAUGAAAUGAUGGAGAUCCUCUUGACGUCCAAGAAGUACUCCGAGCAGCGCGGUGCGGCAUAUGGUCUGGCUGGCCUUGUGCUCGGCCGGGGUAUCAAUGUCCUUAAGGAGUAUCGCAUCAUGACCCAGCUCAACUCCGCGCUGGAGAACAAGAAGGAAAUCCGUCAGCGUGAGUCAGCUAUGAUUGCUUACGAGCUCCUGUCUACCAUCCUUGGCCGUCUGUUCGAGCCAUACGUCAUCCAGAUCGUGCCACAGCUACUGGCUGGCUUCGGUGAUGGCAAUGCCGAUGUCCGUGAAGCUGCUUUGGCGGCGGCCAAGGCCUGCUUCGCGAAGCUCAGCUCGUACGGUGUUAAGCAGAUCCUCCCGACGCUCCUUAAUGGUCUUGAUGAUGACCAAUGGCGUAGCAAGAAGGGUGCCUGCGACCUACUUGGUGCCAUGGCUUACCUUGAUCCUCAGCAGCUUGCCCAGAACUUGCCCGAGAUCAUCCCACCUCUGACGGCCGUGCUCAAUGACAGUCACAAAGAAGUGCGGGCAGCUGCCAACAGGAGCUUGAAGCGCUUCGGCGAGGUCAUCACCAACCCUGAAAUCAAGAGUCUCAUCGAUAUUCUCCUCAAGGCCCUUAGCGACCCAACCAAGUACACCGACGACGCCUUGGAUGCCCUCAUCAAGGUCCAGUUCGUGCAUUACCUCGAUGCGCCGUCCCUGGCUCUCGUCAGCCGGAUCCUUCAGCGUGGUUUGGGCGACCGGUCCAACACCAAGCGCAAGGCUUCCCAGGUUAUCGGCAGUCUGGCGCAUCUCACCGAGCGCAAGGAUCUUAUUGCUCACCUGCCGGUGCUCGUGGCCGGCCUCAAGGUUGCUGUCGUGGACCCUGUUCCGACUACACGCGCCACGGCUUCUCGUGCUCUUGGGUCGCUUGUCGAAAAGCUGGGUGAGGAUGCUUUACCGGAUCUCAUUCCCAAUCUCAUGCAGACCCUCAAGUCCGACACCAGCGCUGGCGACCGCCUUGGCUCUGCUCAGGCUCUCAGCGAGGUCCUCGCUGGUCUGGGUACUUCGAGACUGGAGGAGACCCUGCCAACCAUCCUGCAGAACGUCGAGUCCCCCAAGCCUGCCGUUCGCGAAGGUUUCAUGUCGUUGUUCAUCUUCUUGCCCGUCUGCUUCGGUAACAGCUUUGCCAAUUAUCUCGGAAAGAUCAUUCCUCCAAUCCUUUCUGGCUUGGCCGAUGAUGUCGAGUCCAUUCGAGAGACAGCUUUGCGUGCAGGUCGUCUGUUGGUCAAGAACUUCGCUGUUCGCGCUGUCGACUUGCUGCUGCCUGAGCUCGAGCGUGGCUUGGCCGAUGACAACUACCGCAUUCGUCUCAGCUCCGUGGAGCUUGUUGGUGAUCUUCUCUUCAACCUUGCUGGUGUUAAGGCCUCGGCAAACAAGGAAGAAGACGAGGCGGAUCAGGAUAUUACCAAGGAAGCUGGUGCUUCUCUACGCGAGGUUCUUGGAGAGGAGAAGCGCAACAAGAUUCUCUCGGCUUUGUACGUGUGCCGUUGCGAUACCGCAGGCGCCGUCCGCGCUGCUGCUGUCACUGUCUGGAAGCAGCUUGUUCACAGCCCAAGAACACUCAAGGAGCUCGUGCCUACGCUCACCCAGCUGCUCAUCAAGCGCCUUGGCAGCUCCAAUAUGGAGCACAAGGUCAUCGCUAGCAACGCUUUGGGCGAGCUCAUCAAGAAGGCCGGCGAUGGCGUCCUGGCUACGCUGCUCCCUACUCUUGAGGAGGGCUUGCAGACGUCCCGGGAUGUCAACGCCAAGCAGGGUAUCUGCCUUGCUCUCAAGGAGCUCAUCUCCUCGGCUUCUCCAGAGGCUCUCGAGGACCACGAGAAGACUCUCAUCUCGGUUGUUCGUACGGCGCUCACCGACUCCGACUCGGAUGUCCGCGAAGCCGCUGCAGAAGCGUUCGACUCGCUGCAGCAGAUCAUUGGUAAACGGGCUAUCGACCAGGUUCUGCCCUUCCUCCUUAACUUGCUCCGCUCCGAGGAGGAGGCGAACAACGCUCUGGCGGCCUUGCUUACACUGCUUACCGAGCCUACUCGGGCCAACAUCAUCUUGCCCAACCUCAUCCCUACCCUCAUCACGCCGCCCAUUUCGGCUUUCAAUGCCAAGGCUCUGGCUUCGUUGUCCAAGGUGGCUGGUGCUGCUAUGAACAGGCGCCUGCCCAACAUCAUCAAUUCUCUUAUGGACAACAUUGUCGGCUGCGCCGACGAGACCCUCCGCGAGGAGCUGGACACUUCGUUCGAUACUGUCAUACUGUCUAUUGACGACACCGAUGGUCUUAACGUGGUCAUGAACGUACUGCUUCAGCUCAUCAAGCACGAAGACCACCGCAAAAGAGCAGCUACCGGCCGUCACCUCGCCAAAUUCUUCUCUGCUGCUACCGUCAACUACUCGAGGUACAACCAGGACAUCAUUCGUGCUCUGCUUAUCUCCUUCGAUGACAAGGACAUGGAGGUUGUCAAGGCCUCGUGGAACGCGCUCAACGAGUUCACCAAGCGGCUUAAGAAGGAGGAGAUGGAGGGCCUGGUCAUCUCAACCCGCCAGACGCUGCUCCAAGUUGGCGUGGCCGGCCGCGAGCUGGCUGGUUUCGAGCUGCCGAAGGGCAUCAACGCCAUCCUACCUAUCUUCUUGCAGGGUCUCAUGAACGGUACUGCCGAGCAGAGAGUAGCAGCCGCUUUAGGCAUCUCGGAUAUCGUCGACAGGACGACCGAGGCCUCACUCAAGCCAUUCGUCACGCAAAUCACGGGUCCGCUUAUUCGUGUUGUCUCGGAGCGUUCGACGGAGGUCAGAUCGGCCAUUCUGCUUACCCUCAACCAUCUGCUCGAGAAGAUGCCUACCGCGCUCAAGCCGUUCUUGCCACAGCUCCAGCGCACAUUUGCCAAAUCCCUUGCAGAUACUUCGAGCGAGAUCUUGCGCAGCCGCGCAGCUCGUGCCCUGGGCACCCUCAUCAAGUACACGCCGCGUGUUGAUCCACUGAUUGCUGAGCUUGUUACCGGCUCCAAGACGACGGAUGCCGGUGUCAAGACGGCCAUGCUCAAGGCCCUCUACGAGGUCAUCAGCAAGGCGGGCUCCAACAUGGGCGAGAGCUCGCGUGCAGCUGUCUUGGGCCUGAUUGACAUGGAGCCUGAUGAGAAUGACAAGGCCAUGACCAUUACGAACGCUAAGCUGUUUGGCGCGCUGAUGAAGAACGUCCCGGCUGAUAUGGCCGUUGGCCUGCUUAAGAAUAGGGUCAUGGUCAGGGAGUUUACUACCUCGAGUGUGCUUGCGCUCAAUGCUGUGCUCCUGGAAAGCCCUAGCUCGCUGCUAGACUCGCCGCUGGCGGAGGACCUGCCGGAGCUGCUGUGCCAGGGCAUCGAAAGCAAAGAUGCCUUCAUCGCCGACAACUUCAUCAUGGCUACCGGCAAGUACCUCCUCCACGACUCACCUAAGGCGUUCGAGACGACCAAGGCCAUCUUCACCAGCCUUGCCAAGCUCAUCCCACCCGGCAAUCCCGGUGACUCGCGCCGCUUGUCCCUCGUCCUGGUCCGCACGAUGGCUCGCAAGCAACCCGACAUGGUGCGCCCGCACCUGUCGCUACUCGCGCCGCCAAUCUUCUCGUCCGUCCGGGACAUGGUUAUCCCCGUCAAAUUGGCGGCCGAGGCAGCCUUCGUGCAGCUGUUUGCUGUCGCGGAUGAGGAAAGCAAGGUGUUUGACAAGUGGAUUACGGCCGCGACGGAUUUGGCGCCUAAUGUCAAGCGGAGCAUGCAGGAUUACUUUAAGCGUGUGACGCUCAGGCUGGGUGCCCAGGCUAGGGAGAGGAGAGAGGCUGAAGGCGGUGCUGGAACACUUGGUUUGUCGGCUGAUGAGGUGGAGGAUGAGAAGGAGCUUAUGGCGGUUGGGAAGCCUCGGGUCUCUUGGAACCGCAACCCGGAAAAGCUCAAAAAGCCGAGAGCACAGAGUGAAGUGGACCCCGGGCCAGUACCACUAAAGACUGUGGCACGUGCUAGGCAGAAAUCAUUCAAGAUGGUUAACCUGAGGACCCAGAAGCGCCUGGCGGCGUCGGUGUUGGGCUGCGGCGAGGGCAAAGUUUGGCUGGACCCCAACGAGGUCAGCGAGAUUUCGAACGCCAACUCCCGCCAGAGCAUCCGCAAGCUCGUCGCCGAUGGCCUCAUCAUCAAGAAGCCUGUGACGAUGCACUCGCGCUCCCGCGCGCGCGAGCUCAACCUUGCUCGCCGCAUCGGCCGCCACCGCGGCUUCGGUAAGCGCAAGGGUACCGCUGAUGCCCGUAUGCCUCAGCAGGUCCUCUGGAUGCGCCGCCAGCGCGUCCUCCGCCGCCUCCUGGUCAAGUACCGCGCCAGCGGCAAGAUUGACAAGCACCUCUACCACGAGCUUUACCACCUCGCCAAGGGUAACACCUUCAAGCACAAGCGCGCGCUUGUCGAGCACAUCCACCGUGCUAAGGCUGAGAAGGCCCGUGAGAGGCAGAUUAAGGAGGAGAUGGACGCCAAGCGCGCGCGGACUAAGGCUGCUCGCGAGCGCAAGCAGGAGAGGCAGGCGGCAAAGCGGAACGCUCUUCUGGGCGAGGAGGAGGAGUCCAAGUAG